AUGCUGUCAAAACCAUCACCACCUCCAAUGGCAAAUGAUUGCUCGAUCUACAGGCUCGAAGAGCUGCUCUCGAGCUUCUACAAGAUCGAAACGAUAGAGAAGAUCAACUAUCACCAAUACGUGCCCAAGAAACAGGACGACCAGUGGUCGAUCCAGAUGGAGCUUUAUCUGAGGAAGCAGAAUCCAAGAAACCUUGUGGCUUUGCUGUCAAGAGAACUUUGGUGCUUCAGUAUUAACGACGAUCCAGUACCGACUCCUCCCAAGCUAUCUGCCGCGGGCAACGACGUCACGACGUUAGAUAAGAGUGGCCAGUUUACUGCUCAGUACUCCAAACCAAAUUUACCGCCUCAUUAUGCCUUGUUUCUGAAGGCACUGCGAAGAAUGAUCUACAUAAACUUGGCAGCGAACUCCCAGAACAAAAUAAUACCGUAUGGUAAUGCUUGUUUAUUUGUUGAGAAAGCUAAUGAAAGCCAAGUGCUGCAGCUUGAGCCACAUCUGUUCGAAAACGGUGACCUGUCGCUAAUAAUAUCAACACGCAACCUAGUGCUUGUACCGCUAACGCCUGGCCGUAUUGAAGAAGCGUUUUUGCGUUCGCAUGCCUUGUACCUUUCCCCGUCAGGUAUAAGGAUUUACUUGCCUUCCAGCAAUCGACAACAGUGUAUUGUUCCGCCGCCUAGAAACGCUGAUGUGUUAUUCAAGACCCUACUUGUUUCUCACGGUAUCGAUUUAUCCGCGAGACAGAAUGUUCAGUGGGUCAGAGUGAUCCCACAUCUCGGCCAUCUGAAUGGCUACACUCCGAACGUGGCAGCUUACAUGGAUGCCCCUACGGAAACGAGAACUAUAGUUUGGCCUCUAGACUUGUGCUUUGCUCAGCCGGCGUCAGAUUUUGAUGAAAAAUCUCAGGAUGAGUCUUCCUGUCAUGACUUGGUCAAGACAUUCGAUAUUAUUGACGAUUUUAUUCAAUUGAAGCAAACUUCUGCAUAUCGCACACCAACUAGCUCGAACGGGGCGGCCGGUAACUCGCUAGGAACUAAUCCUGUGAGCUCUGGUGGAGCUUACACCGAACAAUUUCAGCAUUUCUACAAGAAUACGGGCGGAAAUCCUGCAAGCGCCUCCUAUCUCCCGGCUAAUGAAAGCCUGAAUCCAAAAGCGAGUCCAGAAGAUUCAUCUCCAUCGGUUUCUACAUUUGAGAAGCCACUGCAUAGCUCUAACGACAAGAUUUCUAUUGACGCAUGUCUUACCACACCGAACGUCAACGAGAAUGAAUUCAACUAUAGAAGAUCGUUUACAAAUGAUUCAGAAAUAAGCCCCACGAAGUCCGAUCUAACUCUCAAUUCUAGGCGUGACGAGCACAGGCGCACGUCAAUCAUUAAGCCGCCAGCAUCAGCCGAGCUCAGUCCAAAAGCUGAUGGCCAUGCCAGUGAGGCCAUUACGGAUGACUUGUUCGGAGAUGGUGAAGAAGAGGCUGGAAGCGAUGACUUCGAUUUGUUUGGCGAAAGUAAAACUUCCUCUUCUAGUGGCAGGACACAAAACUUCACACCGGAAAAAGUCGAAUCGGAUGAAAUAACGGAAGAUAUGUUUGGUAUGUCUGACGACGACGAUCGAAGCCGAAGCGCAACCUCCAAGGUUAAAGAUUAUUAUCUGGGAGAUGACAAUGACAUGUUUCGAAGCUCGCCUUCGAAGCGUCCUUCAAUGAAAAGGAAAUAUCUGGAUAUUCCUAUCGAGGAGAUUACGCUUUCUACGAGUCCUCUAUACAUGGAUCCCGGCGCUCCGCUUCCUGUGGAGACACCUAGAGAUAGGAGGAAAAGUGUCUUUGCACCUUUGAACUUCAACCCAAUCAUCGAGAACAAUGUCGAUAACAAGUAUAAAAAUGGUGGCAAAUUCUCAUUCAGUCCCUCUCAACACGACGGAUCUUUGAAGUUUGAUGUAUCAACUGCAGAUAUCUCGAGCUCGGAUGACGAAAGCGAUUCCUCUGCCGAUUUGGAUGACUUGAAUAUCAAAUCCGAGGUUAUGUCUGCCGACAAUCUCCCGAUGAAUUCUCAGUACAAUAUUUACUCGUCCGUCCAAAUUCCCUUGGACUCUAUUCCGCCAACUUUAAACAAGAUCGAAAUCGCCCCAUCCAGUAUAUCGAGCAGUGUUGAGCGGGAUUCUUCGAAUGCCAUUUGGAGAUUAUCCCAUCAAGAAUUAGCUAACGGCGACUCUUCGCUAAUUUCAUCGAACGACACAAUACCGUCUGAACAGGCAACUGUGAAAUCAGAACUGCAUACUGACCAGCUCACAUUUUCGAACAAAGCUAUGGCAAUUGGCGGCAGCAACACAUCUAAUCUCCCAGAUAGCAACAGCGGAGUUCCAGAAUCAACGCCGGCGACUGGUUCUUUGGCGCCUGAAUCAUCCAGCAGCUUACCAUUUUUAUUGCGACAUAUGCCACUUUCUUCAAUCCCUGCCGCUUUUUGGUGCUCUAAUCCAACUGUAACGAUUAAAAAGAACGAUCAAUAUAUUCUGAACUUAUUAUCUGAGCAAAUUGUUUUCGAUCACAACAUGUUCAGCAAUAUAAGCAAGCCAAUAAUUCGCCAUGCCGGUCUACAGAAGUGCAAUGAAGGUCUCAUUUCCAAAACCAUUCGCGGUCUUUUCAAGAGCUUCACUAGGUUAGACGGUUGCCAUCUAAUUUCUACAAUGUAUCCCAUUAAAGAGCCAUCGAUUUAUGUGAAGAAGCAUAACAGUGUGAUAAACAUAAGCGCUGAUUCUCAAGUGUUUAGCAAGUUCCUGAAUGUGAGGCCCGCAAAGGGAAUAAAGAAUUUUAGACUUUUGAUGUUAACAGCCUCAUAUUGCGAUGACUGUGCAUCGUUUGUCUCCACGUUGUAUCAAACAUAUAUUGGACACGAGUUCGGCUUUUGUGAGCUGCUUAAGCUAACCAAUGAUGACAGUCCCGGACUAAGGUGCCUAGAGAACUUUGACAAAGGGAGGCUGUUUUUACUAGCCGCACAAAUUGUAACAUACUGCUCAACCAACAAGAAUGCCGGUAAGGAUGUGCCUGUCAUGAUUCUUUUGCCGGUUGAUUCCUAUAAUUUUGAGGAGCUUGUUUUGAAGGUAGCAAAAUUCAACAUUAUACGCAACGAGGUAACGUCGAAAAUCCCCAACGCUCAAAUAUUCUUAAAAGUCGUCAUAAUGGAUUUUAUCAGAAAUCCAUUAAGCUCUGUUGAUGAGUACAGCAAUCUAUGUGUUGGAAUCUACAACCUUUUAACGCCCAAGAACAUGAAGUUCACUUCCAUCGCUCGAAAGUUGCCAGAAAAAGUGACUUUCAAGACAUUGCAACAAAAAAUUGGCACUUCUGCCAUAAAUUAUGAUGCUUUUAUCCACUUAGCCUAUGCACGUAGUGUCGAUAAGGAGUGGGUAUUUGCGGCUUUGUCUGAUAGCUCUGGCAAAGAGAGCAUGAUAAAAUCAUGGUACGUCGGGACGUCUAAGACGAAAUUUGAUGAAGCCUGCAAUGAGAUUUGGAACUUAGCCCUCCGACUCUCUUCAAAGAAGUUUGGAAGAAUAUGCUUGAUUUUGACAAGACUAAAUGGCGUGUUGCCUGAUGACGAGCUGAUGAACUGGCGACGUCUAUCAGGGAAAACAAUUCAUCUCGCCGUGGUUUGUGUCGAUAAUGAUACGAAAAUAUCAUUUUUCGAUGAGGACAAGAUCUAUCCUACUUUCAAACCCCUCUUGCGAAACCCUGAAUUUUCAAAGAAGAUUGAUCCAAAACGUCUGGAUUCAUAUGAAAUCAGAGACAUAUCUCAGGAUAUUCAUGCUGUCAUCUUCGAAGGCUGCUUUCCUUUAACUAACUCCCAGCACAGAUGUGCCAUAAAGAGCGGUGCUCUGAUAAAAUUCAAAACAAGCGCUGGUGAUUCGAUAGUUGAUAAAUUCGAAGUUAAUCUUCUCAAUUGUCCUCAUUCCGACAGCACAAAGUUAUUGAAAACGAUCUUAGAAGAGUUCAGAAACCUCGGUGCUCUAAGUUCCUGGUUUGGAGUUUCCAAUGGUGAAAUGGCACACAUUCCAUGGCAUGUUUUGGCUGUAAAAAAAAUGAUGCAAGUUAUGAUACACACAAGAGUCAAAACGGUUGAUUGA